UAUACAUACACACACACAAUAAUGACUUCCCAAUAUGAGUUUGUGAGAGCGCAAGACUGAAUAGCGGAAGUUUCUCUCUUUCUUUCCAAUCUCGUUCUAACCAAACACUUCCCUCUAGCAAGCAUUCCACCCAGUGAUCAAAGAGGAGAGAGAGAACUCAAAGUAGAGUAAGAUGCUGAGUGCGUCCACUCCGACUCAGAUGCCCCCCAGCGGAGUGGACAUUUCUGGUUCUGACAGGGGGUCAGAGGUCAGUGUUCCAACUCCAGCCACAGAGACAGACCGCUUCGGCUUCAUCCUGGUGAAUGGAUCCACUGCCGGGAGUGAAGGCCCUGCUCCUGAGCUCGUUAGACAGAGAGAGACUAAGUGGAUCAACAUCAUCAGCCAAUGGGAUCGGGUCUUACUAAAGAAGUCCAGCAAGGUCAAAGAGCAGUGUCAGAAAGGCAUCCCAGCAUCCCUCAGGGCUAAAUGUUGGCCACUGCUGUGUGGCGCCACAGACAGAAUGCACCGCAACAAGGACCUCUACCAGACUCUGGACUCCAGGCCUGCCCUACAGAGCUGUGUGGACGUUAUCGAGAGAGACUUAGACCGCCAGUUCCCCUUCCAUGAGAUGUUCCUCUCCAGAGAUGGCCAUGGGCAGCGUGGUCUGUUCCGCGUGCUGAAGGCCUUUACUCAGCUGAAGCCUGACGAGGGAUACUGUCAGGCCCAGGGACCUGUAGCAGCUGUACUGCUGAUGAACAUGCCUACUGAGGAGGCAUUCUGGUGCCUGGUACAGAUUAGUGAACAGUACCUCCCUGACUACUACAGCCCCCUUCUGGAGGGGGUUCUCUUUGAUGCGGCCAUGCUGACCUGGGUGCUGAAGAAGACAUGUCCCGCAACCCACAAGCAUCUGCAGAGACACGGCGUGGAGCCUCUGAUGUUCGCCACCGAUUGGCUGAUGUGCCUGUUCACACGCCACCUACCAUUUAACACCCUCCUCCGAGUCUGGGACCUGUUCUUCUGCUACGGAGUGCGUGUGUUGUUCCAGGUGGCGGUUGUGUUGGUGCGCAGGGCUCUGGGCCGGGUGGAGCAGAGGGAGGAGUGUGAGGGCCAGAUGGAGACUCUGGAGAGGCUGAGGGGUGUGAGGGAGCAGGUGCAGCAGGAGGACGAUACCUUCAUUGGAGAGGUGUGUUCUGUCCCUCUUUCGGGUAAGGAUCUGGAGAGGCAGACGGAGAAAGAGCUGGAGAAGUGGAGGAAGGAACGGCCUGCCUCCACUUUUGAUCCCCGGGGUCGUUGCCACGGAUAUCGGAUGGCGUGGGCGAGGGCUCGAGAGAGGGAGGAGGAGAGGAACAGGAAGGAGAGGGCGAAAGGAAACCUGUCCUUCCCACCGAUUCGCUCGCCCUCCCUCCUCUCUCUGUCUCCCUCGCUCCUCCGCAAGAGGUGGAAGAGAGGGAGCAAAACAGACACAGGGGAGUGGGAGGGGGGAGGCAGAGAGGCGAGGAAGGUUUCAAAGGAGGUGUGGGAGGAGAGAAGCGAGGGAGGGGAUCUGGGGGGAGGAAGUGAGAAGGAUGGUAGUCCAGUGAGGGCCCAGGGUGUUCCACCUCCUGCUACAGAGGACAGGGAACCAGUGGAACUGAGAGAACCGUUAGAACACAAAGAACCAUCAGAACAGGAAAGAACCCAAAAGACCCAGAUGACCCCAGAUUCAGCCAGAGUAGCGUCCCAGCAGCGUGAGCUCACCGCUGACCCUCGCGUCACCUCACAGGGCCAGGAGGAGGAGCAGGGUGGUUUCAGCGAGACACAGGCCUCUGAGCAGCACAGCGACAGCCAGUCACAGGAAACUAACCACAGUAAAGGCUCCAUGGAAACACAGGAAGUACUGAGCAAACAGUCAACAGAGAGUGCACGUGUCGUCACAGAGCACAUAGUGACAGAGACAAAGGGUGAGGCAGAGGAACGCAAGGAGACAGAGGCACAUGCAGAAGCCAAGACAGAGGAGGAAACAGUGACAGAGAUCCAGAUUCACACAGAAGCCAAGACAGAGGAAGAAAUAGUGACAGAGAUCCAGAUUCACACAGAAGCCAAGACAGAGGAGGAAACAGUGACAGAGAUCCAGAUUCACACAGAAGCCAAGACAGAGGAGGAAACAGUGACAGAGAUCCAGAUUCACACAGAAGCCAAGACAGAGGAAGAAACAGUGACAGAGAUCCAGAUUCACACAGAAGCCAAGACAGAGGAGGAAACAGUGACAGAGAUCCAGAUUCACACAGAAGCCAAGACAAAGGAGGAAACAGUGACAGAGAUCCAGAUUCACACAGAAGCCAAGACAGAGGAGGAAACAGUGACAGAAAUCCAGAUUCACACAGAAGCCAAGACAGAGGAGGAAACAGUGACAGAGAUCCAGAUUCACACAGAAGCCAAGGCAGAGGAGGAAAUGGAGGCUGAGGUACAGAAAGGACAACACACAGAUAAAAGUGUAGGAACAAAGACAGAUAUGGGGUCAAAAACAGAGACUCAAACAGAUGUUAAUGCAGACACUGAGACAGACACUGAGACCGACACGCAACAAGAGGCAGAUACAAACUUAGAGGCAGAAACAGACGUUGGGUCACUGAGAGAGAGAGACAAAGAGACGAACACAGAGACUGAUACCAACAAGGAGAUAGAGGCACGUACAGAGACACAGUCACACAAAGGGGCAGCAAUGGAGACACACACGGACAAAGAAUCUGAGGCAGAGAGACAAACAGAGGUAGAAACUGAGGAAGAGGCACAUACAGAAACAGAGACACAGGGAGAAAAUGAGUCAGCGAUGCACAUAGAGGCAGACAUAAGAGUAGAGGCAGACUUGGGGUCACAGAUGGAGGCUGAUACACACAUAGAGACAGAGAAAGAGUCAGAGAUAGAGGUAGGGACAGAGACAGGGACAGAGACGCGCACAGAGGAAACUACUGACACAGGGAUAGAGGAAGCCACUGACACAGGGAUAGAGGAAGCCACUGACACAGGGACAGAGGAAGCCACUGACACAGGGAUAGAGGAAGCCACUGACACAGGGACAGAGGAAACCACUGACACCGGGAUAGAGGAAACCACUGGCACAAACACAGGGACAGAGGAAACCACUGGCACAAACGCAGGGAUAGAGGAAACCACUGGGACAAACGCAGGUAUAGAGGAAGCCACUGACAAAAACACAGGGACAGAGGAAACCACUGACACAAACACAGGGACAGAGGAAACCACUGACACAAACACAGGGACAGAGGAAACCACUGACACAAACACAGGGACAGAGGAAACCACUGACACAAACACAGGGACAGAGGAAACCACUGACACAAACACAGGGACAGAGGAAGCCACUGACACAAGCACAAGGACAGAGGAAGCCACUGACACAGGGAUAGAGGAAACCACUGACACAAGCACAGGGAUAGAGGCGGUCAUAGCGUCCCCAAAUGAAAUUCGGACACACACAGAGACAGCAUCAAAGAUAGAGGUACAAUACACAGAGCCCUCUAGGAUAACACAAGCCAAUCAGAGCCAGGUUUCUCCAGAGUUGACCUCAGGCCAAGACCAAACAGGCCAAGACCAAACAGGCCAAGACCAGAAGAUUCCUGAAGAACCCCAGGGUCCAGUCACCAUCCAUCCAGAGGAGAAUCAGGAGACCCAGAACGUCAGAGAGAGUGAAGGAGAGAAAGAAGAGGAAGCAUUAACAUUUCCCUCUCAGGAAGCCUCAACUGACAUCCUUCCACCAUCACAUCAGGGGGAAUCACUGAAAGCUGACCUCCCUCUCAUACCUGGCAACCCAAAGUCCAAAAGUAAGAGUGAAAAGAGCAAGUCUCCACCUCCUGCAGACUCAAAGGCUGGAUCUGGCAACCCAGUAUCCACACACGCGGACGUCUCCUCCCAAAGGACUCAGGCCCGUGAUGGACCUUUGGCAACCACUUCCGGAGACUUCCGGCACUGCAAGUCCUCCAGCUCACGGAAGCUCACUCGGAGGCUCUCUGAGGAUCUCUUCACCGACCCCAACCAAUCACAAAACACAUUCACACACUCUAGCCAAUCAAAUGCAUGCCUCAUUCAGUUCGACCAACCAAAACCUAACACCACAGCUCCAAUUCAGGUACCAAAACACCCAGAAUCACCACGAUAUGUCACAGGGAGCAUCCCAGGCACUGUCCCACCUCAGACUGUGUCCAAACCAGGCAGAGGACCAACCGACACCCCCAGGCGAUUUGGUCUCUUCCGCAGGCUCAAAGGGGAGCAGCCCAAACAGGGCAGGGAGAAAGGGGAACCUAAAGUCCCUGUCCCCAAAAUCCUGAUCCAGGACUUUAGUGACGGGACAGGUGAGGGGCGCACGGUCAGGGGGGAGGAAGAGGAGGAGCUGAGCUCCAGAGAGAGGAGGAGGAGACGGAGGGAACAGGAGAGGAGGGAGAAAGAGGAGGAGAAGUUACGGAAGAAGAGGGAGAAGGAGAUGGAGAAAGAGGAGAAAGAGAGAAAGAGGGAGAGGAGGAAGCCUCAGACGAGAGGGAAGAGUUUUCAGGUGCAACACAGCAAUGUCCCCCUCCCCGGAAACAGCAGCUCACAGACAUUUGGUUCCAAAAGAAACUCUACUCCGUCUAUGGAGACAUACUUUUAAAAAGCUAGGAAAGAAAUCGACAUCUAAAAAUAUUUUACAAACCACAAAAAUUACCCAUAAAACAUUUCCUUCAAUUGUAGACUUUUCUGGAAUGUAAAUAAAGCAAUUAUUUUUUCUAACUCA